AUGCCUAAUAAUUAUACAAGUACAAAAACAAGUAGUACAAUAGAGUUAGAUUCAGGACAAGAUUAUGAUAGAGUUAGAUUUAGGACAAGUAGCAUAGUAGAAUUAGAUUCAGAACAAGUAACAAUAAAGCUAAAUUCAGAACAAAGUAGUAUAAUAGAUUUAAAGUCAGAUUUGGAACAAGUAGCAUGA